AAGGUGAAUCCAUAAGGUUCAAGAAGAAAAUGGCAUUUCUCAGAAUCAUGAUUCUGUUGUGGGCGGAUAUGCUUGCAACAUAUGUGAUGUGGAUAAUGCAGAAAUACUUAACAGAUGUUUGGAAGCUGGGAGUUACUCGUGCUGCUGGAAUCAUGAAUGUCUACACCGGCCUCACUAAAUUUCUGCCGUUAGUCUUUUUCAUCUUUGUGGAUGCUGGCCUUAGUAACUACGGGAGUCUGCUUCUCUCAAGUAUAGCCUUUUCUAUUGGUAUGGGAUUUCUGUCAAUGUCAACACCACCAGUUCUACACAAGGUCACAGGGACCUGUAAAGAUUAUGAGCCAAACUGCCUUGGUCAUACACAAAAGGCCCUCUUCUACACAGCUUUAGCAUUGAUAGCAGCUGGAUUAAGUGGACGUGUUGUCUCACUGGUUGCACUCGCCGAGAAUCAGAUUGAAAAGGAUCCAGAUGAACCUAGACCCCUAAUAAAUGUGUGUGAUCGAUUUGGUUUUGUUCCAGAUCUUACACACUACCUGUAUACAAACAACAUGCUCCGGUAUAUUGAAGGAUAUGUGCAGAAGGUCAAUCCUGGAAAUGCUCCACUAGUUGUGGGGCAGCUGCUAGACGAUGAAUGUCCCGAAGAUUUUAUUAAAGGCUUGAUUCUCUCUGUCCGUUCGCUUCUUCCUGUUGAGCCUCUCGUGGACGAGUGUGAGAAAAGGAACCGGCUUCGGUUACUUACCCAAUUUUUGGAGCAUCUUGUGAGUGAAGGAAGCCAGGAUGUGCAUGUGCACAAUGCACUUGGAAAGAUCAUUAUAGACAGUAAUAAUAACCCUGAGCACUUUCUCACUACCAACCCAUAUUAUGAUUCACGUGUUGUGGGCAAAUACUGUGAGAAGCGUGAUCCUACCCUUGCUGUUGUUGCCUAUCGGAGAGGGCAGUGUGAUGAUGAACUCAUCAACGUAACAAAUAAGAACUCCCUGUUUAAGUUGCAGGCCAGGUAUGUAGUUGAAAGAAUGGAUGGUGAUCUGUGGGAGAAGGUCCUGAACCCUGAAAAUGAAUAUAGGAGGCAACUCAUUGACCAAGUUGUAUCUACUGCUUUGCCUGAAAGCAAGAGCCCUGAACAAGUUUCUGCUGCUGUCAAAGCAUUCAUGACAGCAGAUCUUCCACAUGAACUCAUUGAGCUUCUUGAAAAGAUUGUGCUUCAAAACUCUGCGUUUAGUGGAAACUUCAAUCUGCAAAACCUACUCAUUUUGACAGCCAUCAAAGCUGAUCCUUCUAGAGUUAUGGACUACAUUAACAGGCUCGACAACUUUGAUGGACCUGCAGUGGGGGAAGUGGCUGUGGAGGCCCAACUAUAUGAAGAGGCUUUUGCGAUUUUCAAGAAGUUCAAUUUGAAUGUGCAAGCUGUCAAUGUGUUAUUGGAUAAUAUCCGAGACAUUAACCGUGCUGUGGAGUUUGCAUUCCGUGUUGAAGAAGAUACCCAAUGGAUUGUAAAAGUAGCUCAAUGUCCUUGGAUCGCAAAGGUCCUGAUGGAAAAUUGAUAAAUAAGCCGAGCUUACGACUCCCAUCAUUCAAGGCCAAGAAGCCGAGCUUACGGCUCCCAUCAUUCAUGGUCAAGAAUCAGGAGAGAGAGCAGCAGCAGCAAACUGAGAGUACUAAAACGGCUGAAGUUGAUCUAUCACAACUUCAAUUCCAACCACUAGAAGCUAUGCUAGCCCUUGCGCAAAACGACAGCGGAAAACUCCCUGGUGCUUGUUGUAUAUUGCUUGUUCCUGUUGUUGGUUUAAUUGCUCUACCAUAUAUAAAACCAUGGUCAAUUCGGUUUGGAAUCCCAGCAAUCUGUACAUUGGUGGCAACACUUGCAUUUGUGCAAGGUACACGUUCGUGCAACAAAGAGGAAAACAGACCCGCAGAAGGAAGUACAGUGACAAAUGUUUUCAGAGUCUGUGUGGCCUCCACACGCAAAAUGUUUGAAGAUCCCAAGCAAUAUUCAGAGCUUUAUGAGAAACAUGAUACUGACACUCCAAAAUUGCCUCAUACCAAGGGGCUACUCAGUUUCUUAGACAAGGCUGCCAUCCGAUUGAAGACUGAAAUUGAAGAACCA